AUGAAAGCCGGCGUCACGGGCUGCCUGGGAGAAGAUGGCAUCCACGUCGACAUGGAGCACCUCAAGAAGGGAGAAGUCAAGUAUGUCCUGCCCGUAUCCCCCAUUGCAUCGACACCGGCUAACCUCUACAUCCAGUCUUGGUACAUCGAUGAACGACGGUUAACGAGAGACAGCAUGGCGAUAAAUUUCAAGGACGGAGUGAUUCUAGGCGCCGACUCGCGCACGACGACAGGCUCAUACAUCGCCAACCGCGUGACAGACAAGCUGACGCAGGUACACGAUACGAUAUGGUGCUGUCGUUCCGGGUCAGCGGCCGACACGCAGGCGGUGGCAGACAUCGUCAAGUACCAUCUGGGCAUGUACGGCGUGGUAUACGACAGACAGCCAACCACGCAGACAGCUGCUGCUCUCUUCCAGGAGCUCUGCUACGACAACAAGGACGCUCUCAGUGCCGGUAUUAUAAUUGCCGGGUACGAUCCACGACACGGCGGACAGGUGUAUAGCAUCCCGCUCGGCGGCUCUCUGCACAAGCAGCCGUAUGCGAUUGGCGGCUCGGGGUCGACGUACAUCUACGGCUACUGCGACGCGAACUGGCGGGAAGGGAUGGACGAGGCGGAGGGUGUCGAGUUCGUGAAGAACUCGCUGCGAGAGGCUAUCAAAUGGGACGGCAGCUCUGGCGGCGUCAUCAGGAUGGUCGUCUUGACGCGAAAGGGGGCGAUCCUAUACCAACUUCUCUGUGGCGAACCGCCCAGCCUGCCCCACCACUUCUCUACACCUGCAACUACACCUACGCCGACAUCUACAUCUACACCAUCGACUUCAACUUCAACUUGCUCUCCCCGCUAUGUGCAUGCUGACAUGGGCGCCGUGGCCUGCGCUCCGUUGCAGCCGCCCAUGAUCGCCAGCAACAGCUCCAGGACCGUCAGCAUGCUCUCCGCGGGCCUCAAGCGCGAGCUCUCGUCGCAUACCGAGACCGGGACGGAGACGGAGACCAGGACGACAGCAUCGUCCACAGCUACGACAGCAGCAGCAUCCAAUAUAGAUAAUACCACGGCUCCGGUCGAGUCGGCGCCAGCUUCGAUGAGCGCGAGCCUGCACCAGUAUCAGCGCCAGCAUGCAUCGGCCAGCACCGCCAGCUUGCCGGCCUCGACACAUCCCCAUAACCACCAGAGACUGCCAGACAGACAGCGGCCGCUCCAGUCCGGCCUCAACGGACACGAUAUACACUCGCAAUCCCAGCCUGCGUUCCGGCCGCUGGUCGGGCCCGACUCGCCGCCAGCAGCUUCAGCAGCAUCAGUAUCAGCAUCAGCUUCAGCUUCGACUUCCACGUCUCCUCCUACUCCCACCCGUAUAAAAGUCCGGGACCUCUCGCACAUCCAGUCCUUUGCCAGUGAAGAAGCCCUGGCCACGCCUUCACACCGCACCGUCCCGCAGAGACAGUAUGAGAUCAGCUCGAUGCCGGUGACGGACGUCAUCGAGAUGGUGGCCGGCCUGCUCACAAAGAUCACCACCACAAACGACCUGCAGCACGAACAUCUGCAUCGCCAUAUCCCGCGGCCAGAGGUAGGCUCCCUGCCGCCGCAGACAACCAGCGUGCUGGCCUUUCACGGCAAAAACGUGCCCGGAAUCACGAUACUCAACUAUCUCAGUCGCAUACACAAAUACUGCCCUACCACGUACGAGGUGUUUAUCAGCUUACUCGUCUACUUUGACCGGAUGACGGAGACGGUGAACUCGCAUCUCCUGCAGCAGAUGCAGCGUCGUGCUCAUCUGCGUCCGAACCCCAACCCGUCCAUACGCACCAUGUCGACCUCCUCCUCCAACCGACCACACACCUCUUCCUCUUCGCCUUUCUUCUCACCUUCCAAUCCCGGCGUUGGCGUUGGCGCCGGCGGGAGACGCUUCUCCUCCCGCAGGUCAACCGAAACGUCCGUCGCGCGGGCUGGGGCCAGCAAACUCCCGACCUCACCUACCGUCGACCUCCCCAUGCGUUCUCCCUCCCUGGUCCAGGACGACCAUGACGUCGAGCACGAUCUCAGCGACUCGGACGACGAUCUAUCAGACGACUUUGACGAGCUGAACUUCUCCCAUUUCCUCGUUGUAGAUAGCUAUAACAUACACCGCCUCGUCAUCGCAGGCGUUACCUGUGCUAGUAAAUUCUUUUCCGAUGUCUUCUACACUAAUUCCAGAUACGCAAAGGUCGGCGGCCUCCCACUUAUCGAACUAAAUCACCUCGAGCUCCAAUUCCUGCUACUAAACGACUUCCGCCUUGCAGUUCCCGUCGAAGAACUAGACGCUUACGGCACGAUGCUAGUGCAGUUCUAUGCACGAGAAAUAGUUGCCCAGCAGCGAGUGCAGGCCGGCCAGCAGCCCAGCGUGCCUCAGCCAGGUUUCAACGCCACGGCCGCCGGCGUCAUGCAGAGCCAGCCCGACCCCUAG